AUGGGUAGAUGGAGAGCAGUUGCUGCUCUUCUUAUUCGUAAUCAAAUAGUCAAUUCUUCAAAGCCUUCUCCAUGUGUAUGGAAGAAACACCCGGCGCUUGGUUUCCAUCGAAGCGAAGCUUCUCGUUCGUUUGAUUUUCGACACUUUUCAGCGUUCCCUACUCCGAUUUCGAUUUACAACAACGACUCUGAUUCUGGGUCCGGUGAUGUGUAUCAAAACUAUGAAUUUGGAACUAAGGAAGAAGAAGAUAGAGGGAAAAUCCCUGUCAAGGCCUAUUUUCUCAGUACUAGUAUUGAUUUGAAGGGAAUGCAAGCUGACAAUUUAUGCAAUGUUGUUCCACCUACCUCGCGAUCUACGAAUUCUAUUGCCCUUAAAUUUUCUGAUUCUUCUUCUGGAAUCCCUGCGCUGGACGAGAGGGAGAGUGUAAGUAGCUGCCGGUUCAUGAUUGUCUUUCAAUACGGUUCUGCUGUUCUUUUCAAUGUUGAUGACAAUGACGUUGAGUCUUACCUCGACAUUGUUCGUAGACAUGCCUCUGGGUUGCUUACAGAAAUGAGAAAAGAUGAUUAUGCUGUUAAGGAGAAGCCGCUGUUGACUGAGGAAAUGCGAGGUGGCCCUGACUACAUUGUUCUCAAGACGUUGGAUACUGAUAGCAUCCGUAUAAUUGGGAGUGUGCUUGGACAAAGUAUUGCAUUGGAUUACUUUGUUUCUCAGGUUGAUAAGUUAGUGGAAGAGUUUGCUGGUAUAAACCGUGCAAUGGAGAAAACCGGAACCUUCACAAUGCACAGGAAAAAGCUCUUCCAACUUGUAGGGAAGGCUAAUUCUAAUCUAGCUGACGUGAUUCUCAGAGUUGGUUUGUUUGAUAGAUCCGAGAUUGCGUGGAGAGAGGCUAGAUAUGCUCAGAUAUAUGAAUACCUAAGAGAAGAGUACGAGGUCACUCAGAGAUUUGGGAAUCUAGACUUUAAGCUAAAGUUUGUAGAGCACAACAUUCAUUUCCUCCAAGAGGUGAUGCAGAACCGACGAUCAGAUCUUUUAGAAUGGUGCAUUAUCUUCUUACUGACGAUUGAAAACGUUUUAUCUAUUUACGAGAUUGUCCGAGAAUCCACGGGAGCUUCACUCUGA